AUGGUCUCGUUCACCUCCCUCGUCACCGCCGCUGUGGCUGCUACAGGCGCUCUCGCCGCGCCGGCCACUGAUGUUUCAGUUCGCUCUCCUGGACCUCUCGUCGCCCGCCAGAGCACCCCGAACUCCGAGGGAACUCACAAUGGCUGCUUUUACUCAUGGUGGUCUGACGGAGCCUCCCCGGUCACCUACACCAAUGGUGCGGGUGGAAGCUACAGUGUGCAAUGGGGAAGCGGAGGCAACUUUGUCGGUGGAAAAGGAUGGAACCCUGGUACCGCCCGUACCAUUACCUACUCUGGUACCUACAACCCCAACGGCAACUCCUACCUUGCCGUGUACGGAUGGACCCGCAACCCUCUCAUCGAAUACUACGUCGUCGAGAACUUUGGUACCUAUGACCCAUCCUCACAGGCCACCAACAAGGGCACCGUCACUUCGGAUGGCUCCUCGUAUAAGAUUGCCCAGUCGACCCGAACCAACCAGCCCUCUAUCGAUGGCACGAGGACCUUUGAGCAGUACUGGUCUGUUCGCCAGAACAAGCGCUCCAGCGGUAGCGUCAACAUGAAGACCCACUUCGAUGCGUGGGCCAGCAAGGGCAUGGGCCUCGGUACCCACUACUACCAGAUCGUGGCUACGGAAGGCUACAAGAGCACCGGUAGCGCUUCCAUCACCGUCAACUGCCCAUAG